UAUUUAUCUGCUUAUUAAAUACAUAUUUUGUCGACUUGUCACUUAGUGUUGAAUGUGUAUAUCAUACGACAGCCAACGAAACAGAAAAAAAGAACUAAUCAUAUAAAAAAGAGCAAAUAUAAUAUAUAAAGACGAAACCAAAAUUGUGUUUGGAGCGUAGAAAAAUUGGGUACCAAGAGCCGAAACAAAAGGGAAAGAAGAAGCAAGAGAGAGAAAAAAGGGACACGAAAUGGGUUUAACAAUAUCAAGUGCAUUGACGCGUUUGUUUGGCAAAAAACAAAUGCGCAUUCUGAUGGUUGGUUUGGAUGCGGCCGGUAAAACGACAAUUCUUUAUAAAUUGAAGUUAGGCGAAAUUGUGACGACCAUUCCAACGAUCGGUUUCAACGUUGAAACGGUUGAUUAUAAAAAUAUUUGCUUUACCGUUUGGGAUGUUGGCGGCCAAGAUAAAAUUCGACCAUUAUGGCGACAUUAUUUUCAAAAUACACAAGGUCUCAUCUUUGUUGUCGAUUCAAACGAUCGCGAACGUAUUGCCGAAGCGGAAAAAGAGCUUAAAGGCAUGCUCAAAGAAGAUGAACUACGUGAUGCCGUUGUUUUGGUAUUUGCUAACAAACAAGAUUUACCAAAUGCCAUGAGCGCCGCCGAACUCAUUGAUAAAUUGAAUUUAAAUCAAUUGCGCAAUCGAAAUUGGCACAUACAAGCCACAUGUGCAACACAGGGUAACGGUUUGUACGAAGGACUCGAUUGGCUAUCAAAUGAAUUGGCCAAAAAGUGAUGUGUACUUGUGUCUAUAUGUGCGCGUGUGUAACAACCAUCUCACAUUCCUCAAAAGAUGAAAAACAACACGAACCAGCUAAUAAGAUACACGCAAAAUAAACACACUGAAUUUUAUGAAGAAACAUGAAAUAAAUCUUUGUCUUUAAUGAAACACGUAAUAUGUUCCACGAACGCAAAUAAUGAUUUAUAUUUAAAGAAAAGAAAAAAAAAUAAAUGAGAUGACAGAAAUAGGUGCAGAAAUAUACAGACAAAGAGAGAGAAAAAAAAUUAUUAUUUCGAAACGACAAAUCGGAGUAAAUGAGAUAUAAAAAAAAAA